AUGUGUGUCUCCUAUUUUCAGGUCACAAAUAAGACCUACUUGAGUCUGAGUUCUGACUCCGAGACGGAGGACCUGGACGACAGGUUUCUUCAGCUUAUUACAGUUCAUGGUCGCGACUAUCAGAAAUACUCGAUCGAUCAUAAUAUCUGCUUCCAACCCGUUGACGAUGAUGAAGUGGAACGCCUCGAGCUUCAACACCGCGUCUUCAACAAGGUGUUUAACGACCGACUUAUCUUUCCACCGUUGCCGGACCUUGAGAGCCCAAGAAUCCCCAGAAGAAUUCUCGAUUGUGGCCAUGGUACCGCGUCUUGGGCGAUCGAGGUAGCAGAGCAAAAUCCACGAUGCGAGAUCAUUGGUGUCGAUAUAUCUCCUCAGAUGAACCCUGAUAAUACUCCAGACAAUCUGUGGCUUCAGGUCGACGACUUGAAUCGCCCCUUCACCUUCCCUUCGAAUCAUUUCGACCUCGUCCACUCCAGAAUGCUAGCGACAGGCAUUGACCGAGUCCGGUGGCUGUCUUAUAUUCAAGAUAUCAAGAGAGUCUUGAAGCCGGGCGGCUGGGUCCAGAUGGUAGAAAUGUACUUCAACGUGCAGUCAGACAAUGGUUCUCUCACUGAGCAACACGCCUUAAGGCAAUGGAGCACCAAGUUCAUGCGAUCGCUGGAUGAUAAGAAGGACCUUCGCGUGGGAACGCGCUUGAGAGACCUUUUGCUGGCGGCAGGAAUGGAUCAGGUGGACGCAAGGAUGAUUCCUCUUCCUCUGUCCGGGUGGGCCAACGAGCCGAGGGUACGGGGGAUAGGUGCAGCCAACGUCGAAAGUACUAAACAGUUGCUCUCAGCAGUGGCUUUGUACCCGAUGACCAAACGUCUGAGGAUGCCUUAUGAAGAGUUCCAAGAGCUCAUCUCCAGGGCACAGCAAGAGGCAGAAACACUAGGCUUGAAAGCCUACUUUCCUCUGUAUGUGUGUAUCGGAAGGAAGCCUCGAUAG